CUUCGUCUUUACCAACCACCAACCACCCUUCCCCCACCCUCAUCAACUUAUCUCAAGAGUAAGUAGCUCAAAGAGGAAUCAUACCAUCCUCGAGCUCCCCUGGAUACCCCAUUUCCUCCACUCUACCACUUCCUCAUCGGACGCUGGUCGUCUGGGUGCACAAAAGUUGGACGGAUGAUUGCUGCAGCCUGGGUCGAUGGAGGUGAACGAUGCGUGUCAGCAGGCACGAUGGGAUGAAGAGGGGCAGAGGGUGAAAGCGUAGCGUAUGAGAAAUAUGUGGGAGAGGGCGCUCAUCGAUGCAGGCACUUGGCAGCAACAUCCCCCACCCCAUCCACGUCCAACGUCCACCUAUCCAGGGGAGCUCGAGAUCCAUUUUGCGAUUGAGAGCUGCGAACCUGACCACCCAUCUCUUGUCUCCUAUCGCUCGUAGUGGCACCCAAGGCCUCCAAGAAGUCGACGUCGGAGACGAUCAACUCCAAGCUCGCCCUCGUCAUGAAGUCGGGCAAGGUCACCCUCGGCCUCAAGUCGGCUCUCAAGUCGAUGCGCUCGGGCAAGGCUAAGCUCGUCCUCAUCUCGGCGAACACUCCCCCUCUGCGCAAGUCGGAGCUCGAGUACCACGCCAUGCUUUCCAAGACGAGCGUCCACCACUUCCAGGGCAGCAACGUUGCCCUCGGCACUGCCGCUGGUAAGCUCUUCCGUGUUGGUGUCCUCACCGUCCUCGACGCUGGUGACUCGGACCUCCUCACCACCGUCGCUGCCUGAGCAGAUGUGGUUGCGUUGGACAGGAUUCAUCAUCACGACUACCUCUUUGUACAAUUUAGCACAUUCUCACAACGUGCUAGGCGUGACGUAGCGAUCCUGCGUGCGAGACGAUGAUUCGGUGAUGAGUGGAAUAAUUUCCAUGAUUGAGAAGCCUCAAGGGCCUCAAGGACGAGGAAGCCAUCU